AUGGGCGGGCGGGUGCCAGGAGUGGUUCGUGCACACAGCCCCCUGUCUGGGCUGUGUGGCCUGUGGCUGGGCCAGUGGUCCUCACAGUUUGCUUCUGCCCCCACAGCCUCACCUCUCCUGCUGUUUGCCAACCGCCGGGACGUGCGGCUGGUGGACGCCGGCGGAGUCAAGCUGGAGUCCACCAUCGUGGUCAGCGGCCUGGAGGACGCGGCCGCGGUAGAUUUCCAGUUCUCCAAGGGAGCCGUGUACUGGACGGACGUGAGCGAGGAGGCCAUCAAGCAGACCUACCUGAACCAGACGGGGGCCGCCGUGCAGAACGUGGUCAUCUCCGGCCUGGUGUCACCUGACGGCCUGGCCUGUGACUGGGUUGGCAAGAAGCUGUACUGGACAGACUCGGAGACCAAUCGCAUCGAGGUGGCCAACCUCAACGGAACAUCCCGGAAGGUCCUCUUCUGGCAGGACCUUGACCAGCCGCGGGCCAUCGCCUUGGACCCCGCUCACGGGUACAUGUACUGGACAGACUGGGGCGAGACACCCCGAAUCGAGCGGGCGGGGAUGGACGGCAGCACCCGGAAAAUCAUUGUGGACUCGGACAUUUACUGGCCCAACGGGCUGACCAUCGACCUGGAGGAGCGGAAGCUCUACUGGGCCGACGCCAAGCUCAGCUUCAUCCACCGUGCCAACCUGGACGGCUCGUUCCGGCAGAAGGUGGUGGAGGGCAGCCUGACACACCCCUUUGCCCUGACGCUCUCUGGGGACACUCUGUACUGGACGGACUGGCAGACCCGCUCCAUUCACGCCUGUAACAAGAGGACUGGAGAGAAGAGAAAGGAGAUCCUGAGUGCUCUCUACUCCCCCAUGGAUAUUCAAGUGCUCAGCCCCGAGCGGCAGCCCUACUUCCAUACGCGAUGUGAGGAGGACAAUGGCGGCUGCUCCCACCUGUGCCUGCUGUCCCCAAGAGAGCCUUUCUACACGUGUGCCUGCCCCACCGGCGUCCAGCUUCAGGACAACGGCAAGACGUGCAAGGCAGGUGAGAUGGAGGCGCCGGUGGGGGCCGGCCUGGCGGGGGGGCGGCCCCGGGCUUGGCCGAGCAGCUGGGGUUUGACGUCAGAUCUGGCUGUGCUGCCCAAUGGUCAAAUGAUCCCCGGCACGUUACUGACUCAGAACUCAGGUUCCCGUCCUCAGCACGAGGCUGUGACGGGCGGCCUCAUGUACUGGACAGACUGGGGGGAAAACCCCAAAAUCGAGUGUGCCAACCUGGACGGGCAGGAGCGACAUGUCCUGGUGAACACCUCCCUUGGCUGGCCCAACGGGCUGGCCCUGGACCUGCAAGAGGGCAAGCUGUACUGGGGAGACGCCAAGACAGACAAAAUUGAGGUGAUCAACGUGGACGGGACAAAGAGGCGCACGCUCCUGGAGGACAAGCUCCCGCACAUUUUCGGGUUCACGCUGCUGGGGGACUUCAUCUACUGGACCGACUGGCAGCGGCGCAGCAUCGAGCGCGUGCACAAAAUCCAGGCGAGCCGGGACGUCAUCAUCGACCAGCUGCCCGACCUGAUGGGGCUCAAGGCCGUGAACGUGGCCAAGGUCGUCGGAACCAACCCGUGUGCGGACAGGAACGGGGGGUGCAGCCACCUGUGCUUCUUCACGCCCCACGCCACCAAGUGCGGCUGCCCCAUCGGCCUGGAGCUGCUGAGCGACAUGAAGACCUGCAUCGUCCCCGAGGCCUUCCUCGUGUUCACCAGCAGAGCCGCCAUCCACAGGAUCUCCCUCGAGACCAACAACAACGACGUGGCCAUCCCACUCACAGGCGUCAAGGAGGCCUCGGCGCUGGACUUCGACGUUUCCAACAACCACAUCUACUGGACAGACGUCAGCCUGAAGACCAUCAGCCGAGCCUUCAUGAACGGCAGCUCCGUGGAGCACGUGGUCGAGUUUGGCCUCGACUACCCGGAAGGCAUGGCCGUCGACUGGAUGGGCAAGAACCUCUAUUGGGCCGACACCGGGACCAACAGGAUUGAAGUGGCCCGGCUGGACGGGCAGUUCCGGCAGGUCCUCGUGUGGAGGGACUUGGACAACCCGAGGUCGCUGGCCCUGGACCCCACCAAAGGCUACAUCUACUGGACCGAGUGGGGCGGUAAGCCCAGGAUCGUGCGGGCCUUCAUGGACGGGACCAACUGCAUGACGCUGGUGGACAAGGUGGGCCGGGCCAACGACCUCACCAUCGACUACGCCGACCAGCGUCUCUACUGGACCGACCUGGACACCAACAUGAUCGAGUCGUCCAACAUGCUGGGCCAGGAGCGGGUUGUGAUUGCUGACGACCUCCCGCACCCCUUUGGCCUGACACAGUACAGUGAUUACAUCUACUGGACCGACUGGAACCUGCACAGCAUCGAGAGGGCCGACAAGACCAGCGGCCGGAACCGCACCCUCAUCCAGGGCCACCUGGACUUCGUGAUGGACAUCCUGGUGUUCCACUCCUCCCGCCAGGAUGGCCUCAACGACUGCAUGCACAGCAACGGGCAGUGCGGGCAGCUCUGCCUCGCCGUCCCCGGUGGCCACCGCUGCAGCUGUGCCUCACACUACACGCUGGACCCCACUAGCCGCAACUGCAGCCCGCCCACCGCCUUCUUGCUGUUCAGCCAGAAAUGUGCCAUCAGCCGGAUGAUCCCCGAUGACCAGCACAGCCCGGACCUCAUCCUGCCCCUGCACGGGCUGCGGAAUGUCAAGGCCAUCGACUAUGACCCGCUGGACAAGUUCAUCUACUGGGUGGACGGGCGCCAGAACAUCAAGCGAGCCAAGGACGAUGGUACCCAGCCUUUCGUUUUGACCUCUCCGGGCCAAAGCCAGAGCCCAGACAGGCAGCCCCACGAUCUCAGCAUUGACGUCUACAGCCGGACGCUCUUCUGGACAUGCGAGGCCACCAACACCAUCAACGUCCACCGGCUGAACGGGGACGCCAUGGGCGUGGUGCUCCGUGGGGACCGUGACAAGCCGAGGGCCAUCGUCGUCAACGCCGAGCGAGGGUACCUGUACUUCACCAACAUGCAGGACCGAGCCGCCAAGAUCGAGCGCGCGGCCCUGGACGGCACGGAGCGUGAGGUCCUCUUCACCACGGGCCUCAUCCGCCCCGUGGCCCUCGUGGUGGACAACACGCUGGGCAAACUCUUCUGGGUGGACGCGGACCUGAAGCGUAUCGAAAGCUGUGACCUGUCGGGGGCCAACCGCCUGACCCUAGAGGAUGCCAACAUCGUGCAGCCCAUGGGCCUGACUGUGCUGGGCAAGCAUCUCUACUGGAUUGACCGCCAGCAGCAGAUGAUUGAGCGCGUGGAGAAAACCACCGGGGAUAAGCGUACACGCGUCCAGGGCCGCGUCGCCCACCUGACCAGUAUCCACGCUGUGGAGGACAUCAGCUUGGAGGAGUUCUCGGCCCACCCGUGUGCCCGGGACAACGGCGGCUGCUCCCACAUCUGCAUUGCCAAGGGCGACGGGACGCCAAGGUGCUCAUGCCCGGUCCACCUCGUGCUCCUGCAGAACCUGCUGACCUGUGGUGAGCCUCCCACGUGCUCCCCCGACCAGUUCGCGUGCGCCACCGGGGAGAUCGACUGCAUCCCUGGGGCCUGGCGCUGCGACGGCUUCCCCGAGUGCGACGACCAGAGCGACGAGGAGGGCUGCCCAGUGUGCUCGGCCGCCCAGUUCCCCUGCGCGCGCGGCCAGUGUGUGGACCUGCGGCUGCGCUGCGACGGCGAGGCCGACUGCCAGGACCGCUCGGACGAGGCCGACUGCGAUGCCAUCUGCCUACCCAACCAGUUCCGCUGCGCCAGUGGCCAGUGCGUCCUCAUCAAGCAGCAGUGUGACUCCUUUCCUGACUGCAUCGACGGCUCCGACGAGCUCAUGUGCGAGAUCACCAAGCCUCCCUCGGACGACGGCCCCGCCCACAGCAGCGCCAUCGGGCCUGUCAUCGGCAUCAUCCUCUCCCUCUUUGUCAUGGGCGGGGUCUACUUCGUCUGCCAGCGUGUGGUGUGUCAGCGCUACGCAGGGGCCGGAGGGCCCUUCCCGCAUGAGUACGUCAGCGGGACCCCCCACGUGCCCCUCAACUUCAUAGCCCCGGGCGGCUCCCAGCAUGGUCCCUUCACAGGCAUCUCGUGCGGCAAGUCUAUGAUGGGCUCCGUGAGCCUGAUGGGGGGCCGGGGCGGGGUGCCCCUCUACGACCGGAACCACGUCACCGGAGCCUCGUCCAGCAGCUCAUCCAGCACCAAGGCCACGCUGUACCCGCCGAUCCUGAACCCGCCGCCGUCCCCCGCCACGGACCCCUCCUUGUACAACGUGGACAUGUUCUACUCUUCAAACAUUCCCGCCACCGCGAGACCCUACAGGCCCUACAUCAUCCGAGGCAUGGCGCCCCCGACCACGCCCUGCAGCACGGAUGUGUGCGACAGCGACUACAGCGCCAGCCGCUGGAAGACCAGCAAGUACUACCUGGAUUUGAACUCGGACUCAGACCCCUACCCGCCCCCGCCCACGCCCCACAGCCAGUACCUGUCGGCGGAGGACAGCUGCCCGCCUUCGCCCGCCACCGAGAGGAGCUACUUCCACCUCUUCCCGCCCCCGCCGUCCCCCUGCACGGACUCGUCCUGACCUCCGCCGCCCGCCGGCCUCUCUGCGCCCCUGUAAAUAGUUUUAAAUAUGAACAAAGAAAAAAUAUAUUUUAUGAUUUAAAAAAUAUAGUUGGGAUUUUAAAAACAUGAGAAAUGUGAACAGUGAUGGGGUGGGCGGGGCUGAGAAAACUUUGUACAGUGGAGAAAAUAUUUAUAAACUUAAUUUUUUUAAAACA